CUUGCGGCUCUUGUUAGACAUAGGAUUUCUCUGUUUGGUAGCGAUGCUGCAACAAUGGUUAGUUGCCUACAUAUCUUAGCUCAGACACUAGAUACAAGAACGGUCAUGAAAUCUGGCUCAGAGUUGGUUAAAGCAGGAUUGCAUGCCUUCUUUGAAAACGCUGCAGAAGAUCUAGAGAAGACAUCAGAAAACCUUAAACUUGGAAAAUUUACCCACUCCCGAACUCAGAUUAAAGGAGUCUCACAAAAUAUCAACUAUACAACAGUGGCACUGCUGCCUAUCUUAACAUCCAUUUUUGAACAUGUUGCUCAGCAUAAUUUUGGUACUGAUUUGCUUUUAAAUGAUGUCCAAAUUUCAUGUUACAGAAUUCUUUGUAGUCUGUACUCUCUUGGAACUGGAAAGAACAUUUAUGUUGAAAGGCAAAGACCAGCUCUUGGUGAGUGCUUAGCUUCUCUUGUAGCAGCAAUUCCAGUAGCCUUCCUCGAACCUUCUCUCAAUCUUUACAAUCCCCUCUCUGUCUUCAACACAAAGUCAGCCAGAGAGAAAGCUAUUUUAGGCAUGCCUGAGACAGUAGAAGAAAUGUGUCCAGAAAUCCCUCAUUUGGAUGGCUUGAUGAAAGAAAUAAAUAGUUUGGCUGAAUCUGGAGCCAGGUAUACUGAAAUGCCACAUGUAAUUGAAGUGAUCUUGCCCAUGCUGUGCAACUAUCUGUCAUACUGGUGGGAAAAAGGACCUGAAAAUAAUGCAGAGAGUGAUGGAUCUUGCUGCACAAUGGUAACCUCUGAGCAUCUUAGUAUAAUACUGGGGAACAUUUUGAAAAUCAUCAACAAUAACUUGGGAAUAGAUGAAGCAACUUGGAUGAAAAGAAUUGCAGUGUAUGCUCAGCCAAUCAUAAGUAAAGCCAGACCAGAUCUGUUGAAAAGUCAUUUUAUUCCGACUCUGGAAAAGCUAAAGAAGAAAGCCAUUAAAAUAGUGAUUGAAGAAGAACAAUUGAAAGCAGACAAUAAAACUGAUACCCAAGAAGCAGAGCUUCUCAUUCUAGAUGAAUUUGCAGUUCUUUGUCGAGAUCUGUAUGCGUUUUAUCCUAUGUUGAUCCGCUAUGUAGACAACAACAGAUCAAACUGGCUUAAAAAACCAGAUGCUGAUUCUGAUGAACUUUUCCGGAUGGUAGCAGAGGUUUUCAUCUUGUGGUGCAAAUCACAUAAUUUUAAGAGAGAAGAACAAAAUUUUGUGAUUCAGAAUGAAAUUAACAAUUUGGCGUUUUUGACAGGUGACAAUAAAAGCAAGAUAUCAAAAUCUGGAGGUCAUGAUCAAGAACGAAAAAAAGCAAAACAUAGAGGGGAUUUAUAUUCAAUACAGACUUCUCUGAUUGUAGCUGCACUUAAAAAAAUGCUCCCCAUUGGGUUGAACAUGUGUACCCCUGGAGAUCAAGAGCUAAUUUCUCUUGCUAAGUCCAGGUACAGCUGUAAAGACACUGAAGAAGAAGUUAAAGAACAUUUACGCAAUAACUUGCAUUUGCAGGAAAAGUCAGAUGACCCUGCCGUGAAAUGGCAGUUGAAUCUCUAUAAAGAUGUCUUGAAAACCGAUGAACCUACUGAUCCUGAGAAAACUAUUGAACGUGUGCAAAGGAUCUCAGCAGCUGUCUAUCAUCUGGAACAGGUUGAGCAACCAUUAAGAUCAAAGAAAGCAGUUUGGUACAAACUCUUGUCUAAACAACGUAAAAGAGCUGUUGUAGCUUGUUUCAGGAUGGCACCACUGUAUAAUCUGCCAAGGCACCGUUCUGUUAACCUGUUCCUUCAUGGUUAUCAGAAAUACUGGAUAGAAACAGAGGAAUAUUCCUUUGAGGAGAGACUAGUUCAGGAUUUGGCUACUCCACCCAAAACAACUGAAGAGGAGGAAGAAGAGGAUGAAAAACAUCCAGAUCCUCUACACCAGAUUAUUCUUCAUUUCAGUCGGAGUGCUCUCACUGAAAGAAGCAAACUAGAAAAUGAUCCUUUGUACACUGCAUAUUCAGCAAUGAUGGCAAAGAGCUGUCAGAGUGGACAAGAUAAUAAUGAGGAAGAGGAAGAAGAAGAAAAGGAGAAGACAUUUGAAGAAAAAGAAAUGGAAAAGCAGAAAACCCUCUAUCAGCAAUCCCGACUCCAUGAACGUGGAGCUGCUGAAAUGGUAUUGCAGAUGAUCAGUGCCAGCAAAGGUGAAAUGGGACCCAUGGUAGUUGAAACUCUGAAACUUGGUAUUGCUGUUCUAAAUGGAGGUAACUCCGUUGUUCAACAGAAAAUGUUGGAUUAUUUGAAAGAGAAAAAGGAUGCUGGUUUUUUUCAAUCUAUCUCUGGCUUAAUGCAAUCUUGCAGUGUUCUUGAUUUGAAUGCCUUUGAGAGACAAAAUAAAGCAGAAGGCCUUGGAAUGGUUACCGAAGAAGGAACACUCAUCAUACGUGAGCGUGGUGAGAAAGUACUACAGAAUGAUGAGUUUACUAAAGAUCUAUUUAGAUUUUUACAACUGCUGUGUGAAGGUCAUAACAAUGAUUUUCAGAAUUACCUGCGAACACAAAUGGGCAAUACCACAACAGUGAAUAUUAUCAUUAGCACAGUUGAUUAUCUUUUGCGGCUUCAGGAAUCAAUCAGUGACUUUUAUUGGUACUAUUCUGGCAAAGAUAUAAUUGAUGAAUCUGGACAACAUAACUUCUCUAAGGCAUUGGCUGUAAUCAAACAGAUUUUUAAUUCACUAACUGAAUAUAUACAAGGGCCUUGCAUUGGAAAUCAGCAGAGUUUGGCUCACAGUAGACUGUGGGAUGCAGUUGUUGGUUUUCUUCAUGUUUUUGCUAACUUGCAAAUGAAGCUUUCACAGGAUUCCAGCCAAAUUGAACUGCUAAAGGAGUUACUGGAUCUUCUAAAGGAUAUGGUGGUGAUGAUGUUGUCACUACUUGAAGGUAACAUUGUAAAUGGCACAAUUGGAAAACAGAUGGUAGAUACACUUGUCGAGUCAUCUAGCAAUGUAGAAAUGAUUUUGAAGUUCUUUGACAUGUUUCUCAAGCUGAAAGAUUUAACAAGCUCAGAAGCCUUCAAAGAGUAUGAUUCGGAAGGAAAAGGAAUAAUCUCAAAGAAGGAGUUUCAAAAAGCCAUGGAAGGUCAGAAGCAAUAUACACAAUCAGAAAUUGACUUUCUGCUGUCAUGUGCAGAAACUGAUGAAAAUGACAUGUUUAACUAUGUUCAUUUUGUUGAAAGAUUUCACAAGCCAGCCAAAGAUAUCGGGUUUAAUGUGGCAGUGCUCCUAACAAAUCUCUCAGAACACAUGCCAAAUGAUCCACGCCUUCAAACUUUAUUACAUCCAGCAGAAAGUGUCCUUAAUUAUUUUGAACCCUAUUUGGGACGCAUUGAGAUCAUGGGUAGUGCCAAGAAGAUAGAACGAGUUUAUUUUGAGAUUAGUGAAUCCAGUAGGACACAGUGGGAAAAGCCCCAAGUGAAAGAAUCAAAGAGGCAGUUUAUUUUUGAUGUUGUAAAUGAAGGUGGAGAGCAAGAAAAAAUGGAGCUUUUUGUCAAUUUCUGUGAGGACACCAUUUUUGAAAUGCAGUUGGCAUCUCAGAUCUCUGAAACUGAUACAGUUGACAGAAUUGAGGAGGAGGAAGAGAAUGAAGUUUGCUAUCUGAGGGAGGUUGGAAAAGACGAGAAAGAAGAACAAUCUUUUGAAUCAGCUUCAGCAUUUGCCAUGGCAUGUGAUGCAGUAAAGAAAUAUGCUGCCACAAUACUCAAGAAAAUUAGACUGAAAAAUUUAAGGAAACAGUAUAGAAAAGUGAAAAAAAUAACCUUUAAAGAACUGGUGAAAGUGUCCUUUUCUUCUCUUUGGAUGCUAUUUAUAGGAGUUUUCCAAUUUUUUUUCGCUAUAAUAUGGAGUGUUUUUCAGAUUCUUUGGAGUACUGUGUUUGGCGAUGGUCUAGUUGAAGGGGCCAAAAAUAUAAGAGUUACCAAAAUUCUAGGAGACAUGCCUCAUCCAACACAGUUUGGAAUUCAUGACGAUGUGCUCGAAGCAGAAAAAGUGGAAGUUUUGGAACAUGGCAUUGCAGCUGAAAUUGUGCAGUUUGUAAAAAAAGAAAAAGGAGAAACUGACAUCUUAUCAGAUAUUUUUGAUAUUUAUUCAAAAAAAGAAAGUGGAUCAAAACAUGGUCAUGAUAUUGGCCUUGGGGACAUUGCUAGUGUUAUUGGAUCAGAAACACCCCCUUCUUUGGAAAGCGCAGUUCGUAAGAAGAAGAAAAUUCAGCUACCUGAACUUACAAGGGAUGAUGAUUCAGAAACAAGAACAGAAUCUGAGAAGGCUGACAUGGAGGAUGGUGAAAAACAUGAUAAAAUAAAGGAUGAUGUAUAUUCUGAAUACUUGGAAGCUGAAGAACCUAAGAAGAGAAAACGACAUGGACAGAAGUUAGAGAAGCCAGAAGCGGUUAUGGCUAAUUUUUUUAAAGUACUGGAGAUUUAUCAGACAAAAGUUUUGCACUAUUUGGCAAGAAAUUUUUACAAUUUAAGAUUUCUUGCACUUUUUGUUGCCUUUGCUAUCAAUUUUAUUCUGCUCUUUUACAAGGUGACAGAAGAACCAUUUGAAGAAAUGGAAGAAGAUUCUGAUUUAUGGCAAUCUUUAGAUGAAGAUGAGGAUGAAGAAGGAAUGGUGUUCUUUGUCUUACAAGAGAGCACAGGCUACAUGGCACCUACACUUAGGGCACUAGCUGUUAUUCAUACUAUUAUUUCUUUCCUAUGUGUAAUUGGAUACUAUUGUUUGAAGGUUCCCUUGGUUGUAUUCAAACGUGAAAAAGACAUUGCUAGGAAGCUAGAAUUUGAUGGUCUAUAUAUUACUGAACAACCAUCUGAAGAUGAUAUUAAAGGACAGUGGGAUCGUUUAGUCAUAAACACUCCAUCUUUUCCAAAUAAUUAUUGGGACAAGUUUGUGAAACGAAAGGUAAUCAAUAAGUAUGGUGAUUUAUAUGGAGCAGAGCGCAUUGCAGAACUCUUAGGUCUGGACAAAAAUGCUCUGGAUUUUAGUCCAGUGGAACAUACUGAACCAGACGAAGCAUCUUUUGUUUCAUGGUUAAGUUCUAUUGAUGCAAAAUAUCAAAUCUGGAAACUUGGUGUAGUUUUCACUGAUAAUUCUUUCUUGUACUUAGCUUGGUAUACAACCAUGUCCAUUCUUGGCCACUACAACAACUUCUUCUUCGCUGCUCAUUUGCUCGAUAUAGCUAUGGGUUUUAAGACUUUACGUACCAUUCUGUCAUCUGUAACUCACAAUGGCAAACAGCUCGUGUUGACGGUUGGACUCUUGGCUGUGGUGGUAUAUCUGUACACGGUUGUUGCAUUUAAUUUCUUCCGGAAAUUUUAUAACAAGAGUGAAGAUGAGGAUGAGCCAGACAUGAAAUGUGACGAUAUGAUGACUUGUUACCUGUUCCAUAUGUAUGUCGGGGUACGAGCAGGUGGAGGUAUUGGAGAUGAAAUUGAAGACCCUGCAGGAGACCCUUAUGAAAUAUAUCGAAUUGUUUUUGAUAUCACGUUUUUCUUCUUUGUCAUUGUUAUCCUACUGGCCAUCAUUCAAGGUCUUAUUAUUGAUGCCUUUGGCGAACUGAGAGAUCAGCAAGAGCAGGUCAAAGAAGACAUGGAGACCAAAUGCUUUAUUUGUGGAAUUGGUAAUGAUUAUUUUGAUACAACGCCACAUGGUUUUGAAAUGCAUACUCUACAAGAGCACAAUCUGGCCAACUACUUGUUCUUUUUGAUGUAUCUUAUUAAUAAGGAUGAAACUGAACACACUGGGCAGGUAAAGCAUUAAUUGAGUAUGUAAAUGAAAAGUAAGAAACAUUUCAGAAAACAUUCAUAAAAAAUAAUCAACAUUCUUUUAGAGAUAUAUUAAUACCAUGUUAUACAAUUAAAUAAUUACCAUUCAUUUUUCCCCCUCCAAAAUCAAAUUAUUGAUCAUUUUAAUCUAUAAACACACAACAUCUAAAUGUUUUAAUGUUCUUCCAUGGAAACUCAUGUACUAAAUAUUGCAGUUCUUCAUGCCUUCUUCUGAAUAUUUACUUUAGUGUAUUAUACCAAUUGUUCAAGACCUGCUAUUAUAAGAUUAUUAUUU